CCCAGGAUCCUCCGCGCGCAAGAUGGAGGCGCCGGGAGCGGAAGCGGAGCAGAGGAGGUGCUAGGCUCUACGCCCCCUCGGCCUUCCGUGAAGACCGUACCAGUCCGAAGAAGGAAGCUCACGGUCCUACCCAACAAAUGCGUAUUGCCUUUUCUCGCCGUGACCAUGGGGGCGUACUGAAAGAGCCUUUGAUCUGAUAGGCAACCCCAGCAUUUCGCAGCCCUGACUUGGAACCUCCCCGAGGACUGCAGUGUAAGCGCGGUCUCUGCGUUCCGACCGAGGCACGAGGCCAGUCAGGCAGGUCCCUCUGUCCCGACAGGUGGGACACUGAGCACUCCAUGCCAGCGGGCGCGGGGAGGCGUGGCCUCCCCCAGGGCCGCCACCUCUGCUGGUUGCUCUGCGCUUUCACUUUAAGGCUCUGCCAAGCAGAAGCUCCCGUGCGGGAGGAGAAGCUGUCAGUGAGCACCUCAAAUUUGCCGUGCUGGCUGGUGGAAGAGUUUGUGGUGGCGGAAGAGUGUGCUCCAUGUUCUAAUUUCCAGGCUAAAACCACCCCCGAGUGUGGCUCCACAGGGUAUGUGGAGAAAAUCACAUGCAGCUCAUCUAAGAGGAGCAAGUUCAAAAGCUGCCGCUCAGCUCUGAUGGAACAACACUUAUUCUGGAAAUUCGAAGGGACUGUCAUAGGUGUGGCCUUGGUCUUUGCUUGCCUUGUCAUUGUUCGUCAGCGACAACUGGACAGAAAGGCGCUGGAAAAGGUCCGGAAGCAAAUUGAGUCCAUAUAGCUACCUCCUCCCCUUUCAUCUGGGUCUUAGAGACCCUACCUCAGACAGAAAGUGGAAUGAACUGACUCGUGCCCCUGGUUCUCUGGAACCUUGUGGUGGCACCCCCUUUUUCCCAUCUUCCUCGUCUAAAUCAUUAAUGAGCAGAAUAAAAAGAGUAAACUCG